AUGCGACGGAGCCUUGGGUACAGCAAGGAAAAAACAGGCGAUCAGCCGUCAGCAUUGUCUAUUCGACCUUUCAAAAGCCCGAUGGCGGCCUCCGAAUCCCCAACCAAAGGCGCAAAAAAGCGGAAAAAAGCAGCCACUUCUACGACAAUGCCUGAUAAGGAAGAACUGAUGGACCCACUCCGUUUCAAACUCGUUGAAAGUAUCUCGAAAUCUUUGGCAUCGGACUCGUCGGCCCACGAAGCCAUUCUGACAAAACUUCUUGCGAAGCCUUUUAAAUUGCCAAUGGAAGGCUAUAAUUGUAAGUUCUGUGGAAAGCUGGAAAGAGAGAAAUCUCGCUUUUUGAUGUCGAAGUGAUCCUGAAGGCCUAAACGCGCCAAAAUUGCUUUAUUGAGUAAAAAGAGCUCGGAAUCAGAGAAACAAUGAAAAAUAACAAAACGGGUCAUUUUUGUUUCUUAAUUUAUAAGGAAUAGGUGGAGACUUUCAGGUUACCGACUUUGUAAACCGAAUGAUGUCUUUGCCAGUUUUCAGAAAGAUCAAACAGUUUCUUUAAGAGAAAGUUUCAUUUUCUAGUAUCGGGAAGAUGUCUGGGUUUGGGCCAUUCGAGAACUCGCGCCGCUUUGUACGAUCCGUACCAAGAAGGAGCUUUGGUAUUGUUUGCUCCGAGAAUUCUGACGGCUCAUGAGGAGUUGCAAGCGAAUAAGAAAGAUAAGCAGGUAGAGGACACUCCCGGAUUUUUUUCAUUUCAUACCAAUUUUUUUUUCUGAAAAGUUUGAGCAGUUUCAAGAAUUUUUCUAAUGCCGUGUUCAAAGUAAUUUCCGCGAAAUGCAAAAUACCCGUUAGAGAAAGAAAAAGAUCACUAAAUUUUGGAGAGUCAGAGAUCAUUUUGCAUUUCGCGGAAAUUACUUUGAACACGGCAUAAGAAAAAUUGAUAGUUUUUCGACAAGGACGCAUAGAUUUUUGUUGAAAACUGUUUCUAGUGUCUAUUUUUUUAUUAUUAGGGUAUCAUUUUCGAAAAUCCUAAAAAACCUUAUGUUUGAAAUUAGACAUGUCUUGAAAGGGUUUCACAGUUCGAAAGUUUUGGAAAAAAAAGUGACAUCCGUUUCGAACAAAAUUUUUUACAAUUUCCAAAAAUUCUUUUGUCUUCUCUCACUGCAUCUACUCGGAUCUCGGUAACGGAAACCAAACUCGUUCUGGAAGUUUCUAUCCAGCUCAAGGGACCCCCUAAGAGUCCUGAAGCCGCUAAAGGGAUCACUAGAAACGUUUAGAAACGUUCGAGGUGCGUCCGGUUUGCGUUACCAAGGCCCGAGCAUGUGAAAAUGAACUCAAAAUUUUCUAAGUGACAAUUAAAAGAGAAGCUUUUUCUGAACUUUUGAAAAAUUAGCUGCAAAUGCUUUCAUUUCAGGUUCACGUCGUCGUGGACCCGGUUCUGUGCAAAGUUCUACGACCACAUCAACGGGAAGGCGUCAAGUUCAUGUACGACUGUGUGACGGGCUCGAAUAUCGAGGGCUAUCACGGGUGUAUCAUGGCCGACGAAAUGGGUCUCGGCAAGACCCUUCAGUGCAUCACGCUCCUUUGGACUUUACUCCGUCAAAGUCCCGACUGCAAACCGACUUUCUCCAAGGCCAUUAUCGUCUGUCCGAGUAGUUUGGUCAAGGUCCGAGCGUUUUUUUUUUUGCGUUUUUGGACUUGGAAGUUCCCUGCAACUCUCAUGCUGAUCAGGUUGAGCAUCCGCUCUAAAACGGGGUCUCUUUUUUUCACACAGCAGAGACACCCUUUUAGCACAGUUGGGUCUUAGAUUUUCGAAAUAAAGUCAACUAGGUCACUUAUUUAUACUCACAUCUGUUUUUCUCUGAUUCAGCAAAACUGAAACUCAAAUAGCUUCAAAAAAAACACGGGAUUGAUACGGGUACACCCGCUGAGACACAAGAUCAUCAUGAGAGAAGUCCUUAUUUGACAAGGAAGUUUUUCUUUUUCAUGGGAAGUCUUCUCAUCUUUUCUCAAUUUUUGAAAGAAUUUUUGAAAGUGCAUUUCCUAAUUAAAAUUUAUUGGUAACAGGUUUCUGAAUAUUAAUAUUUUCAGAACUGGGACAAAGAGAUCAAGAAAUGGCUGGGACAGAGAGUCAACGCGUUGCCCAUGGACAGUGGAAAAAAGGAUUUGAUUAUUGCCGGCCUGAGUAAGUUCUUUCUGAUUGAUAUUGUGAGAAGCUGGAGUGAGUCCUAUAGGUAGGAAAAAAAAGCCACCUACGCAGGUUGACUAAUAGACUUCCAUUUUAGAAGGUCCUAAUACACUCCCUGCAGGACCCACUAAACCUCAAACUUUCUUUAGGUUCCACUCCAGCUUUUCCCAGUGUAAUGGUGAAAAAAGGGUCGAAUAACCCCAGAAGGAUUUCUUCAAUGAGUUCAAUUCUUUCAGAAAGAAGAAAAAACGAAUUUUAGAAGCGUUCAUGACGGACGUGAGAGUGCGAUCAGCAACUCCUGUUCUCAUUAUUUCCUAUGAAACUUUCCGUCUUUAUGCCGACAUUCUGCACUCGAGUCCUGUUGGGAUGGUCAUUUGCGAUGAGGUUUCCGAUAUAAAACGGAAAAAGAUGUUUUGAGGCAGAUAAUUUGGGAAAAUCUAAUUUUUUUUAUAGUCCAUCAUUUAAAUAUGAAGAUUCUCAUAGCGAGAUGGCUGCAUUUUUUUCGAUUUCUUCAAAGUCUCUUUUUUUCCUCUCAUCAAAAGUUCAAAUGGAGUAAUUUAUCACGAUUUUGCAGAUAUUUCAUUUCAAAAAAAGAAAAUGUAACAAAACUGUCAAAGAUUCUCAUUAAAACUCUCUUGUACCACGUAUUUUUUUUUUCAAUUUACUUUUCAUCAUUUUAGAUUAGCAUGAUAGUUCAUAGUCAAUUCCAAACCCUUCUAGGAAAUUUCCUGAAGGAGCAGGCACAAAGCUCAUGAAAUUCUCGAGACGAAUUGCCAUUUGCCGUUUUUUUUUUUCAAAGGUCGGAUGAAAAAUGAUUUUCCCCGAUUUUUCUGUAAAUGAAAAAAGCGACCCUUCUUCAACAAAGGAAAUUUUUCUCUCAUACCUUAAUCUAUCUAAAAAAACUAUAUUAUAUCAGGAAAAGUGGAGAGUAAUUAAUUAAUAGCUAGUUGAAGACUUAUUUCAUUUCCAGAAAUAUUGCCGAAAAUGGUUUCCCACUUUAAUGUAUAUUGUUUCAAGUAGAGCUUCCAAAACUCCCCGAGAAAAAAUUGGACUAAUAGUCAGUUUAUUCUUACAAAUGAACCUCCAAAUUCGAGGGUCAUCGCCUGAAAAACAGCGACAAUCAGACUUACCACGCGUUGAGCGGCCUGAAAUGCGCGAGAAGGGUUCUCAUUUCUGGAACUCCCAUUCAAAAUGACCUGUUGGAGUACUUCAGGUGUGCGGUACCUUUCAAACAAAACGAGCUUUGAUUUUCAGUUUGGUCAAUUUUGUCAAUCCUGGCCUUCUAGGGUCGGCCAUCGAGUUCAGGAAGAAGUAUGAGAACGUCAUUUUGAGGUGGUUUGAGAAAUAAAUAUUCGAAUGGUUUCAUCGAUUAGGGGCCGCGACGCGGACGCUUCGGACGCCGAUCAGAAGCAGGGCGAGGAGAGGACCAAAGAGAUGGUUGCUUUGGUGGAAAGGUGUAUCAUCAGAAGAACUUCCUCGCUUCUUACCAAUUAUUUGCCGGUACGUACAAAUUUUUCGAGGGGGUUGUAGUGAAGCGUCAAAUUUAGAGUCAAACGAAUUGUCUUACCAGAAUUUGACCUCUGACCAGGCUUGUACGUCAAGCUGGUUGGCCUGGCCAGUCCCGGCCCGGCCCCGUCUUUGGGCCUCAUUAAAGUUUUUUUGAAUUGUGAAUCCAUUGAAGGAUUUUUUUCAUCCUGACUCAAAAAUUUUUCAGCGAAAUGUUUUUGGCUGGUCCUAUAAUAAUAUCUUUUUCAAAAAGAAUACUUUUUUUGGUAAAUUUUUCAGUCUUUUAAUCUUAGCCUCUUAUCUUAUAUAAUAGAUUUCUUUCCUCUUCUCCAGUAAUGUCUUUCAUGCAUUAUUUGCUAAUUUAGUCAUUUCCUUUUCAAAUUAUCACGUUUUGAGGUGAAAUACGAACACAUUGUUUGCUGCCAAAACACGACGUUGCAAGAAACUUUGUACAAUAAGUUGAUCGAAUGCGAGAAGAAGAAUCGCGUUUUGGACAAGGAUAAGGUUGAUUUUUCAACUGGGAAUAACGGAAAAACGGAAAAUCAUCCAGGGAGCCACCGCCUCGGCCCUUUCCUUCAUUACUCACUUGAAAAAGCUUUGCAAUCAUCCGUAUUUGGUCUACGAGGAGCUGAUGAAGCCCGAGAAUCGGUUCAGAGGUACAAAAAAAAAGGAAGAUGUGGGAAUUCCGGAAUUAAAAUUGUUUCACCUCCAAAGUCAGAAAAUUUAUUCAGAGUGCAUCAACUUGUUCCCCGAAUCGUUCAAUCCGAGGUCAUUUGACCCGUCUUUCUCUGGAAAAAUGAAGGUGCUCAUUUUGAAAGCUCUUCCUCAAUUUUUUACUGUUUUCAGGUCCUCGACUAUAUCCUGGCUGUUACGAAGAAAACCAGUGACGAUAAGUUUGUGCUAGUGUCAAACUACACACAAACUAUCGACCAGUUCGUUGAGGUUCAGAAUAAUUUUAUAAAGAAAGCAAAAUAUGUCUCUAUGUUUGUACUGAACUCACUAGUUAGAUUUCUAAUCAGGAUUUUUGCUUCUUAAGCCAUUCCCUAUGCGAGCGAUUUUCUAAUAUCAAUUGGGAGUUCUCCCGCGUAGAUACGAAAGAAGCAGCAAAUUUUAAUUUCAUAGUAUUGAAAAAAAACCGCUCAUAGACAAGAAAAGUAUGGAAAGUUCUGAUUCUUCAUCAUUAACAGGCUAUUUUUUUCAUCUUUUCAAUACUUGAUUCUUCUUUCCUUGGGAACUACAGAGUGAUCUCUAUAGGGGCUACCUUACAUGUUAGGGACCCGACGUGCCAGUCGAUUAUUGUCAUGAACUCUAUGAGAAAAAGAAUUCCCAUGCGAAAAACUCAAUGAGGUCACGUGGUUCGAAAGAAAAAUAUGAACAGAAGAUGAAUUGUUUGCUUUUGUCUUUUUAGUUUUUCCAUUCUGAGCAAACAGUUAAAAGACCUUAGAAACCACUUAAACUUCAGGGGCUCUAAGAUCAGACCUUCAACUCCCAUAAGACCGCCUAAAUUUAGCUCCAUAGGGGGCACUUUCAUGACUAGAAUGAAAAAAUCACGAUGAGCCGAUUGUCCUCAAUUUUCAGUUGUGCCGUCUCCGAGGCUAUGGAUUCGUGCGAUUGGACGGUUCUAUGUCCAUCAAACAGCGCUCCAAAAUCGUCGAUCAAUUCAAUAAUCCUGAAGUUUCGAAGAGAGAAAUCAACUGAGACAAGCUUUUGAUGUGUUUCAGAGCACCGAAUUUUGCUUCCUGCUUUCUUCCAAGGCUGGCGGAUGCGGCUUGAAUUUGAUCGGGGCCAAUAGGUGAAAGAAAAAACAGAUUAUCGAUGGCGUGUUCAUCAGACGAAAGGGAAAUCGUUCAGGAACGCAAGGAAGUUGUUUCGAAACAGAAAUUAGUACUGUUUUAGAGUAAUUUCGAGACGCCGAUCAACACUUUUUGCGUUUCGAAACAUGUUCCGUUUUUUCCGAUGAAAGUAGAGGAAUUUCAGUUUCAAAAUUAUUUUGAGAUUUUUGAGGCUAAACCUUGUGUGACCAUAGGCUUGAAUAAUUGACCUAAACUUAUCAAAAAAUGACCUCAAAUGAACAUUUUUUCAUCAUUAUUGUUAUCAUUAUUUGAAGAUUGGUGAUGUUCGAUCCGGAUUGGAACCCUGCCAACGACGAACAGGCGAUGGCGCGCGUUUGGCGUGACGGACAGAAGAAAACUUGCUUCAUUUAUCGAUUAUUGGCGGUUUCUUGAAGAAAGUCUCGUGGAAAAAGAUCAUGAGUUAAGACGGGCUCGAUUGAGGAGAAAAUGUUCCAGAGACAGACGCAUAAAAAAGCCUUGAGCUCCUGUGUGGUUCGUUUGGUGUUUCGAGUCUAAAAUAUCCAUAUAACCUUUUCCGCGCCAUCCGGUCUAUAUGCGGCUUGUCUCUGUGCAUGCGUCUUUGAAAUAAUUCGAAGGUUGAAUGAUAGGCGCAGGCAUAGAGACAUAGGCAACUAUUGCAUAAUUUCUCACAAAAAAGGUGAAUUUACUUUGCAAUCGGGAAUUUUUCGAAAAUCGUCCAGAGCACUCCUCGACGUACCUGAAAAAGAUCCUCAAAGUCUCAAGAUGGGCAAUUUUCAGCAAACUUCCAACCUCAAAGGAAAAUGACCUUUUCUGUCAGAUAGAAAAACGUGAUAUUACCUUUUCAAUGAAGAUAAAUUAGGUGGACGCUGGCGAAGACGUUGCGCGGCACUUCAGUAGCGAGCAGCUGCGAGAAUUGUUCAAAUUGGAGUCCAACUCGGCUUCUGACACUCAUGAGAAGUUUGUUCUUCUGAUAGAAGGCUGUAAAUGUCACUUUGUUUUCGAACCUUGUAUGAAAGACUCUUAUAGAAGGUUCUGUACGGGUUGAAAAUUAUUUUGACUUCUGAAAAGUAAGUUUGAGUUAUUUACCAUUUUUGUCAGCUUUCUUAUUCGGACAAUGCAAACCGAACGCGCUUUGCGUAUUUUUAGUGACCCCUUCAGCGGCCACGGCAAUUUUAAGUUCUCAUUACAAACGCCCAGAAACGUCCGAGACGCGUCCGUUACCGAAGUUCGAGUACGGUCUCUGGAAGAAAUUGAACCAAAAAAAAAAUUAUUAAAGAAACGAGGAUAAAAACUGUUUUCAAAAUUUUUUUUCUUUUUAACUUCGAAUUAAUGUCUUCACGGAAAGUUGCGCGGAUGUAGAAGUUUAUAUUUGCUGCCAAGUCGCGAAAGUUCUGUUUUACGUGUUUUACUUUAUCUUAUUUGAGUCAAUUCGGAGAAAAACUAUGAAAGUAUUUAAGUUAUGUGAAAUAGCAGCUUUUCAAAUGACUCUUAAACCUUAAAAUUCCUGCGAAAUAACAUUUUUCAUCAAAAUUCAACUUCACUUGGCCCCAACAUCCUCAUCAUAGGAAAUUUGCAGCUUUCGUAUUGAAAAACCAGCUUUUCGAAUAACUCUGUAACCCUAAACUUCUAGCAAAGAUACCAAUUUUCUCCUUAACCUCAGAACUUUUUCAGACUGAAAUGCAAGCGUUGCAUCAACGGCGUCGAAUCUGUUGAUCCGCCUGAAAAUGCCGAUUGCUCCAGCGACCUGUCUUUGUGGUUCCACGCUCAGAAGAAUGCUAGAAAAGUAACUUUUCUUGAAGAAUCAUGGAAAAAAUGAGAGAUUCGUUCCAUAACAUUAAUUCUCUAGUUUUCACUUCUUCUAUCGUUCAUCUUUUGAAGUAAUUUUCAAUUUUAUGGAUUUAAACAAUGCACUUGAAGUAAUCUUCAAAAUUCGUCAAGAAUUCAUGACAACAGUUUUCGACAAGUAAAAAUAGCUUCUGGUUACUCUCAUUUUUUUCUUUGCUAUUAGAGCCAAAAAAGCAUAGUUCAUUUGAGCUAACUUUUAAUCUUUUUUGAAAAACAUAUUAAGCUUCCUUAUUCAAAAACAAAUGCACCUCUGCAUUACCAAUGAAUAAUGAAAUAACGGACACUUUUCAAAGCUGGCUGACAACGUCCUGCGAGCGGUUUUCGAGUGCGGAUCCUUGUCUUUCGUGUUCCAUCAAAAGUCUCACAAGGUUUGUUUUAAAAAAUAACAAGAUCAUUUUUCCUGCCACAAGUUCGCUUCACUAAAAAAAGUUUGGAAUAAAUGUUUUUUUAGGUUCCAAGUUGUGUAUUUAUAAACCCGGGUUUUUCUAUAUUUAUAUUUUUUUGGAGUUAAAUCGUGUUAAACCGGAAAGGUUUCAAUGAUCAUUUCAGCUUGAUUUCAAUUGUUAAUAAGAGUCAUGGAAAAAUAUAUGUAUAUUGUUGAAAAUUUGUAACUUCCUCCAAUUCAAACCGAUUCAACCGAUGACUAACAUAACGCUCAGUUCAGAAAAAAAGAACAACAAUAUUUUCUUAGCUUCAUAGCCAACUUUUAUAAGAAUAUUUAUUCACAGUCAGAACUUUGCGCUGUAAAAAAGCGACAAUUUCGUUUUGAAGGUCAAUUUCUAUCUGAAAAAUUUAGGUUGAAGCGAAGAAACGGGAAAAAAUCGAGGAAGAAAAAGACGAAGACUACAAUCCGUCGGGCGAUGAGAACUAUGAGGAAGACGAUUGA